CAUAGAACUGAAUAUAGCUAAGCAUUGCUGUUUGUAUUUACUGAGGACUGGUCAGGAAUAUCGACUGAGACCUGCAAUGCACUAUGAUAGCCAAAAUAUUCUAGCACUGUCACUGAAGGCGGGGUCUGAUGCUUUAUCAAGUCAAAUUAAGGCCCGCACCCUCUCCACAUUCUCGACCUUCAUCAAGUUCUGACCUCCACCCUCAAAGUGACGUCAGAAAUCACAACAACUGUCCCGACCAAUAGUGUGCUGCAUGCACACUUCUGGGGUCCGGGUAACUGAACAGAUACACCAAGACAUCUCAGAGAGGAAUCAAGAGUGAGCUGAACUUUUAGAAGGUUUGUUAUUUGAGCAUGAUGCAGUGUGAGAUCGCUUUUUGGAUGUUUCGAUAUAGUCUAUAAACCGUUGAUUUAUUGCUGAAUUACUGCAACAACAUGCAGUGAGAAUAAAGACUCGUCGCGCGUCAAAAUGUUGCAGCACGUUUUGCUUUCGCGGCAAUGAGCAAAAGCGAUUAGUUUCCAACCAUUUGGUGUUUUGUCCAUGGAGGAGUUUCGAUACACGUUUCUGCGGAUAUUGAAGCAACAAGUAUGAGCACACUGAACUAUUUGAAGGGGUCAACAGAAGAGCGCGGCUAGACGGCGGGCAUGGAACAAGGGGAGCUGUUUGUCUCAAUCUCUGGCGGAGAAACAUUAUGGAUUAUGGACCAACAAACGGAAUUCCUUGACCCAAUAAAUUAACUUUCAUCCUGCUGCAUGUUGGCACAUCAAGGAAUGGCAAACUCUGGCAACUCUGCAGUCAUUCUGCGGCUGCAAAUAAUGAUUUUGUCCAUUGGCUGUGCUUUGAUAUGUUACAGCCGUUUAUCCACCGCAUCACCGGCACACAAUCAGCGUUUGAUAUGCUGGCAAGCCAUCAUGAAGUGCCAAGGAGAACCGGAGUGUCACUACGCGUAUACUCAGUAUCUACACGCGUGCGGUCCGGUGAUAAACGGCAGCAAGAAGAAAUGCCCCAGCCAUUGCAUUUCUUCCAUCAUUCAGCUUAAUCUGACUGUGAACGGCCCGGCACUGGAGGACUGCGAGUGCGCCUCGGACACUCUAUGCAAGAUGACCAAGCGAGCUAUUGAGCCCUGUAUGCCCAGAACGAGCCACAUGGGCUGCACCGAAGCUCGCAAGCAGUGUGAGAAGGACCCCGAGUGCAGCACCGCCAUGCGGGACUAUCUCUAUCAUUGCAGGAAACUGUUCGGGGGAGAGCGCUGCUCGGACGACUGCCGGCGGGUCAUCAUGAACAUGCGCUCCAUUCCCAAAGCCCAACAGCUGGACACUUGCGUGUGCGACGGCACAGAGAGGACCAUAUGCGAGUAUGUCAAAGUCAGCAUGAAAAACUUCUGCUUUAACGACCGAUACGGCGGGAGUGGCUUUUCAGAUACCGAGGACGACUUGGAGGAUGAUUACGAGACGGAAUAUGAUGACGAGGAGAAUGAUGCCUGGGAUUUAAGAGCACAAAAGAGUUCGAUUGUGAUGUCCACUGUUUUGACAAUUUUUCCUCUUGUCAUAAUAAGAUAAGGCGUGCUUUCAGAAUUCAGUGGUAACUCACUGAUCUAGGCUAGCUAUAUAAUGUUAUAUUAUGGAUCAGUGGGUUAACUGCAUAUUUGCCCUGGGUGGAAAUAAUGGGGGGAAUUCCGACCAACCCCCCCCCCCCUCCUCCCACCUUAAGUAGCCUAUAACUUAAAAAUUUAUUUUAUAUUCACACAUCACAAGGCCCUUUUCGUUUUGUUUAAAAUGUCUAGUUGAAUGUGCGGUCGUACCACGAGACGUGCUGCACCAGACGAAUCUCAUAUUAUAAAUAAAUUAGGCUACUGAUGUAAAAGUAGCCCCCCUGAAAGAGUAGGGUAUUCGAAUAGUUAUUCGCAUAUUGUAGGCCUAUUUGGUCUUAAAAUACGUUAAAUACUGUACGCUUGAAAUGUACAGGUUCAUGAGAGAGAUAGACAACUGGAUAAAAUGACGAAGAAAACCGGAAUCCCAUAGUAAAAGGUUGUUUUUCAAAACCUAGUUGAGCUGCCAAAAUCUGCACACCAUGAAAAGGAGUAAUUUGUCUUUAUGUUAAGAAUUUCUGUUGGAAAUAUGUGCUCCGCUAUAUAUUAAGUUAUCAAACUGCUAUUCAAAGUGAUAAAUACUGGAAGUUUAUUUUUGUAUGAAAGAUUGGUUAGUGUAAAUUGUAGGGAAACAAAAUUAUUAUUGUAAAUGUGUAUAAUGUUUCUGUAUCAUAUUAUUGUGUGAAUAAUGUUGAUAAACAAAACCAUGUAAUACUGUUUAUAAUGUUCAUAAAGAUUGGCUUCAGAUUAUUCCAAAGAU